AUGCCUCCAUUAGGGACAACGGUCCCACAGCCGGUAUCUGUGGGAGGGCGUGCUCCUUUAGCACGGGUUACCGCACCGCGCGGAGGGUUCGCUUGCCCAUACGAAGAAUCUGCUACGUCUUCCCCCUCUGAUACGUCUCCCACUGGAACUUGUCCCUCUGUCACGUCUCCUUCUAAAGCGUCUGCAACAGUCGUGUCGCCUGAUACAUCUGACGGAGGAGUGAAGGAAUUGUGGACAGAGGAGUUAUUGUAUGUUACAGCUGCUACUGGAUUUCUGUAUAUAGUGGCCUUGUUGGAGUCUGCACCUGUCCUUAGAAUGAUCGUAUCUUGCUUCGCUUAUGCCAUUGCACUUUGGAUUGUGUUUGCUGUAGCAACACCACCACCAGCAGCACCAGUAGUAGUAAUACAAUCACCAACCGUUGUAGUAGUAGCUGAACCACCAUCACCAGUGGUAGUAGUAGAAUUCCCACCAGUAGUAGUAGUUGAACGGCCACCACCAGUAGUUAUAGUAGCAACACCAGUCGUUGCACCACCAGUAGUAGUAGCAGGAAGUAGUUGUAGUAGUGGAAGCAGUAGUAGCAGCAUUUUAAUAUCGUCUAAAGCAGCUGCCGUUACUGUAUAUGGACCCAAAGUGGUGUCUACAAUGGCUCAACGAACAGUUGCCUUUCCAAAGACAUUUACCUGGACGAUCCGCCUCUUUGAUCUGAUAAGUGUAGAAGCUCAAAGAGUGCUGUCUCGUCACAUUGGUGUAUCAGAUUUCAAGGGUCAGAUCAUUCGUCGCAUCAUCGGAACGAACAACACAAGCUUGGAAAGGCUCCAAGAAAAACAUGGUGUAAUGAUGGAUUUGAAGAUGAGGAAACCGCAUGCUAAACCGAUGAUUCAUAACGGAUACAAUGACGGAUUCUCAGAUGGCAUCUUUGAAAUUAAGGGCAAGACAAAGGACGUUGAGGGUGCGAGAAAGGAGCUGGUCGAUACAGCUGAUUUCGAGAUCUUGUUACAUCAUUUCUCCACAAGUUUCUCUAUUCAGUGCAAGACUGAAAAGCUUCCUAAUGACAUGGGUCUGAAUGCUGCACAUUUGCCAGCGCGAGAUCUGUUGAAUAGUAGUGCCAGUAGCGCCGUAGUAGCAUCCGUCGACAGUAGAUCAGCAGCACCACCAAUAGUAGCAGCAGCCAUCAGUAGUCCAGUAGUAGUCGUGUUACCAGUAGUACCACCACCAAUAGUAGUACCAGUAAUCAGUAGUCCAGUAGUAGUAUUACCAGUAGUAGCACUAGCUGUUGUGGACACACCGCUAUCAGCAACUGCAGAACCACCCGAACCAACCGCACCCAAAACAACGACACGGGGUGCCGAUGAAGAAACCAGUUCACUGAUUGUGGACGUGGCAAAGGAGUUAGCAUGUGCGCCAGAAGUCGACGAGCUACAUGAACCACCCAAAGACGACAUUUCGGUCAGGCUUGACCCUAAAAAACCUGUGCGGCUGUCGCCGCAUGACCAUUAUGCAAAACUCUUGAGUGGUGAGCUUCCCAUAUCGGAUGGAUACAAGGCAAAGUAUUGCCAUUACAAGCUCUUGGGAGCAGGAGGAUUCGGGUUCGUGCUUGCUGGAUGGCAUACGAAAAUAAUGAUGCCUGUAGCAAUCAAAUUUAUGCACGCUAGUAAUCUUCGUCCAUCUGACUCAGUGGACGUGAUUGGAAUUGGGAGAAUUCCUAAGGAGGUCAACUAUCUGGCGUCUCUGGCCAAGCAUCCAAACAUGCUCCAGCUUGUCGAAUUCUUGGUGGAAGGAGAAUAUUUAAUCAUAGUCACUGAGCUAUUUGGGACGGCGUGGGACCCUGUCUUUGCUUCUUGGAAUGUGCCGGCAUGGACUUUCGGGUUCCCAAAUCUGUCUGUACCGUCAGGCAGCUCUAUGGACCUAUGGUCCUGCAUUCAAUCUCAUGGCAAAAUACCAUGGCACAUAUCGAGAUUCAUAUUCUGGCAACUGGUCAAUGCAGUAAAGCAUCUGCAUACAAAUGCGGUGGUCCAUCGGGACCUGAAAUGUCAAAAUAUACUAGUAGACCACAGAUAUUGUAUCAAGUUGAUUGAUAUGGGGCUAGCAGCAGAUCUUCCACCGGAUGACCAUCCAAGUAUUGAAAUAGCUGGUAGCUUUUUGGCACCUGAGCAAGUGUUGAGACUGCCAUUCGAUGCCAAGAAGGCUGAAAUUUGGACGGUGGGCCUUGUCUUGUAUUCGAUGUUAUUUGGGCGACAUCCGUUUCCUUUUAACUGUCCUGAAGCUGCACUCUUUGGCAUAUGGCUGCCACCGAUGGACUCAAAUUUGAGCUCACUCUUGGGAGGAGUGCUGGAUCUCUUUCCACCACGGCGUUUUUCCAUACAAGACAUUGAAAAACACCCAGCAAUGACUGGAUUGUUCAAAUCCUAA